AUGGUGUUGAGGUUUAAUGUAGGAGGGAAAGUAGUGGAGAAAGUAGAUUUGAUAAGGAAGAAGAAAUGGCCAUGGCGUUUAGAUGUUUUGCCAUUUGCGAUUUUCUAUGCGGUUUGGAUCGUUACGAUUGUGCCGAGCAUUGACAUUGUUGAUGCUUUUAUAGUUCUUGGUGGACUCGUUUCGAUUCAUGUUCUUGUUUUGCUUUUCACUGCUUGGUCUGUCGAUUUCAAGUGUUUUGUUCAGUACAGUAAGGUUAAUGAUAUUCGAGAUGCGGAUUCAUGCAAAGUUACGCCGGCGAAGUUUUCUGGUUCGAAAGAAGUUGUGCCUUUGCAUAUUCGUAAACAAUCGGCAGGGUCCUCAUCUCCAGGGGAUGCAGAAGAGAUUUACUUUGAUUUCAGGAAGCAGCAGUUCAUCUAUUCAAAGGAGAAUGAGACGUUUUGCAAGCUUCCUUACCCUACCAAGGAAACAUUUGGCUACUAUCUUAAAAGCACUGGCCAUGGCUCUGAGACCAAAGUAGCUGCUGCUGCUGAGAAAUGGGGACGGAAUGUAUUUGAAUAUCCGCAACCCACAUUCCAAAAAUUAUUGAAAGAGCAGUGCAUGGAGCCUUUUUUUGUAUUUCAGGUAUUCUGUGUGGGGCUUUGGUGCUUGGAUGAAUAUUGGUAUUACAGCUUGUUCACCCUCUUUAUGCUGUUUAUGUUCGAGUCAACUAUGGCAAAGAGUAGGUUGAGGACUCUAAGUGAGCUAAGACGUGUUAGAGUUGAUACCCAGACCAUAAUGGUGCAUCGCUGUGGGAAGUGGGUGAAGCUCGCUGGGACUGAUCUUUUACCUGGGGAUGUUGUCUCCAUUGGGCGCUCAUCUGGUCAGAAUGGAGAAGAUAAGACUGUACCCGCAGACAUGCUUCUAUUAGCUGGAAGUUCCAUUGUGAAUGAAGCCAUUCUCACGGGCGAGUCUACUCCCCAAUGGAAGACUUCAAUCAUGGGUAGGGGAAUGGAGGAGAAGUUAUCAGCCAAACGCGAUAAGAACCAUGUUUUAUUUGGCGGGACUAAAAUAUUGCAGCAUACUCCAGAUAAGGUUACUGCCAACAGUUGGGAAAGUGGAUUGUUCAUCCUAUUUUUAGUUGUGUUUGCAAUAAUUGCUGCUGGUUAUGUACUUAAAAAGGGAUUAGAGGAUCCCACAAGGAGCAAGUACAAGCUUUUCCUAAGUUGUUCACUUAUCAUAACAUCUGUGAUUCCACCUGAGCUGCCAAUGGAAUUAUCGAUAGCAGUUAAUACAUCUCUUAUUGCAUUGGCACGGCGUGGAAUAUUUUGUACCGAACCUUUUCGCAUCCCAUUUGCAGGAAAGGUUGAUAUAUGCUGUUUCGAUAAAACUGGAACACUUACAUCGGAUGACAUGGAGUUCUGUGGAGUUGUUGGGUUGGCAGAGAGUACAGAUUUAGAAUCUGAUAUGACUAAAGUGCCUGUUCGAACAGCAGAAAUUUUGGCCUCUUGUCAUGCCUUGGUGUUUGUGGACAACAAGCUGGUUGGGGAUCCGCUUGAGAAGGCUGCACUUAAGGGAAUAGACUGGAGUUACAAAUCUGAUGAAAAGGCCAUGCCCAAAAAAGGAGGUGGCAAUGCUGUGCAGAUAGUUCAGAGACAUCACUUUGCAUCCCAUUUGAAACGAAUGGCAGUCGUUGUUCGCGUACAGGAGGAAUUCUUGGCUUUUGUGAAGGUCAGAUUGGGUGCACCUGAAACUAUCCAGGAUAGACUCAUUGAUUUGCCACUGUCAUAUGUUGAUACGUAUAAAAAAUACACACGUCAAGGGUCUCGAGUUCUGGCCCUUGCUUUCAAGCACCUUCCAGACAUGACAGUUAGUGAAGCUAGAAGCUUGGAUAGAGAUGUAGUGGAGACUGGUCUUACAUUUGCUGGCUUUGCAGUAUUCAACUGCCCCAUAAGAGCAGAUUCAGCUACUGUAUUGUCUGAAUUGAAGAAUUCAUCUCAUGACUUGGUGAUGAUCACUGGUGACCAAGCUUUGACAGCAUGCCAUGUUGCUAGCCAGGUGCAUAUCAUAUCAAAACCAGCAUUAAUUCUUGGUCCAUCAAGGAAUGGAGAAGGGUAUGAGUGGAUAUCACCAGAUGAAAUGGAGAAAAUCAAAUAUAGCUUCAAAGAGGCUGAAGAAUUGUCAGAGACUCAUGAUCUCUGUAUUGGAGGUGACUGCAUUGAAAUGUUGCAACAGAGUUCUGCUGUUCUACGAGUCAUUCCUUAUGUCAAGGUUUUUGCAAGAGUUGCACCUGAGCAAAAGGAACUCAUCUUGACCACCUUCAAAACGGUAGGGAGGGUCACGCUGAUGUGUGGGGAUGGAACCAAUGAUGUUGGAGCUCUGAAGCAGGCCCAUGUAGGAGUUGCACUGUUGAAUGCAGUGCCUCCAACCAAAAGUGGAAAUUCAUCAGAAACUCCUAAAGAUGGAAAUCUCAAGCCUUCAAAGUCAAAAAAAUCAAAACCCGAAGUAAGUAAUCUGAAUGGAGAAAGUUCUUCUAGAGGCAAAGCUGUCACAAAAUCAGAUUCCGCCAGUCAAUCAGCUGGAAACCGCCACCUGACAGCAGCAGAAAUGCAACGACAGAAGUUGAAGAAGAUUAUGGAAGAGAUGAAUGAGGAGGGUGAUGGUCGUUCAGCCCCCAUUGUCAAGCUUGGAGAUGCCUCAAUGGCUUCUCCCUUCACAGCAAAGCAUGCAUCGGUUGCCCCCACCACAGACAUAAUUCGUCAGGGUCGCAGUACACUUGUGACUACCCUCCAGAUGUUUAAAAUACUUGGUCUUAACUGCCUUGCAACAGCAUAUGUGUUGAGUGUUAUGUAUCUGGAUGGCGUCAAGCUUGGUGAUGUGCAGGCCACAAUCAGUGGUGUCUUCACUGCUGCAUUUUUCCUAUUCAUCUCCCAAGCACGCCCCCUUCCCACUCUUUCGGCUGAACGGCCCCACCCUCAUGUUUUCUGCUCGUAUGUCUUCCUUUCUCUCAUGGGACAAUUUGCAAUCCACCUGUUUUUCUUAAUGUCUUCUGUUAAAAGUGCUGAGAAAUAUAUGCCCGAUGAAUGCAUCGAGCCUGACUCUGAAUUUCAUCCAAAUCUGGUGAACACCGUUUCAUACAUGGUGAGCAUGAUGCUCCAGCUAGCCACUUUUGCCGUGAACUAUAUUGGUCAUCCUUUCAACCAGAGCAUAACAGAAAGCAAACCAUUCUUGUAUGCCCUCUUGGCUGCUGCGGGUUUCUUCACGGUGAUCACUUCUGAUCUAUUCAGGGACUUGAAUGACUGGUUGAAAUUGGUGGCCUUGCCUCCAGAAUUGAGGAACAAGCUUUUGCUUUGGGCUGUUCUCAUGUUUGUGAGCUGCUACACAUGGGAGAAAUUAUUGAGAUGGGCUUUCCCCGGUAAGAUUCCAGCUUGGAAGAAACGACAACGGUUGGCUGCAGCCAAUUUAGAGAAGAAGAAACAGUUUGAAGGGACGCUUUUUACCAUCAAACGCUUGCUUUUGGACUAUGGGAUCAUGUGCUUUUUGAUGUCGCAGUCAUACAAAGGUGCUUCAGAAUUGCAAGAAAGUUGUGGUGAGGGAGAUGAAAGUACAAAGAGAGGGGCGUGUUUGUUGGAGAUAAAACGCACUGGGAUGGUACAGUGGGGAGUCAGCAGGCAGGUUGAGUUCAUUGACAGUCCUGGGGAAAAUAACCCUCAGCUUCCAUCUGCCAUUAUCAAGCAUGGACAGAAGAACCCUGAACUUCCAUCUGCCAUUGCUAAGCAUGUGAAGAAGAAUCCUCAAUUUCUAUCUGUCAUUGUCAAAGAAGAAAUAAAGAAUGAUGAAGCUGGGGAUGAUUCUCUUGUGUUGCCAGAAGCUAAGAAAAGGAAGCGUCAUGCCCUCAGCGUACACAGAGAAGCAGGAGCUGUGAGAAGUGCUAAGGCAAAGAAAACUAGUCUUGUUUAUAAGCGUAAGCAAAACAAGCUUGAAAAUUCCAUAUCUGUGAAAAAGGAGAAUGUCAAGGAUAGAUGGUCAGUAGACAGGUAA